AUGUUGAAAAAAACUUUUGUUUUUGCCUUUAAGAAAAUAUACCGACAGAAUAUUAGUUGUAAACAAGGUUUUCUAUAUAGCCGGUCAAUCAGUAGUAGUUUUUGCGAAAAAAUAAUGGAAACAUCCAAGAUAAAGUUAUCUGAAAGAUUGUCCCCUUUAAUCCACCCUGUGAAUUACAAGUUAAAAUUAAAUCCUGAUCUUGAGUCAGGGAAAUUUCUAGGAGAAGUGAGCAUUAAUGUUAUUGUCGAUGGUGAACGAGAUAAUUUUUCUUUGCAUACAAAAUUCUUACAUAUCAAAGAUGUGAAAGUGACUAGUGGCCACAAUGAAAUAACAGUACAGAAAUAUUUUGAGAUUAAAUCAUUAGAACAAUUAUAUAUUCAAUUUGAUAAGAAUAUUCAUGUUGGAAGUUAUGAUAUAAACAUUGAAUUUAGUGGAGAUUUGACUAGGAACAUUGUAGGUUUCUAUCUCUCUAGGCUUAAAGCAGGAGGUUCUAUGGUGGCAAGUAAAUUUCAGCCGACAUAUGCUCGCCAGGCAUUCCCAUGUUUUGAUGAACCUGAUUUUAAAGCAACAUAUGACAUAACCUUAGUCAAGCCUAUUGAUUAUGUUGCACUCUCAAAUAUGAAUGAAAUAUCAAAAACUGUGGAUAAAUCUACAAAAACAGAAACAGUAACUUUUGCUACAAGUGUUCCUAUGUCCACAUAUCUAGCCUGUUUUGUUGUAUGCAACUUUGAUUACAAAGAAACACUCAUAAAUGCAAGUGGUAUUGGUAAAGACUUCACUUUACGAUCAUUUGCCCAGAAGCAACAAACACAUAAAAUUGAUUUUGCUCAAGAUAUUGGAAAACGAGCAACUGAAUUCUAUAUUAAGUAUUAUGAGGUGCCAUACCCUCUUCCAAAACUUGAUAUGAUCGCGAUUCCAGAUUAUGUAUCAGGUGCUACUGAACACUGGGGUUUGAUUACAUAUAGGGAAACAUCCUUUCUGGUCAAUGAGGCCACAACAUCAUCGCAGAAUAAAAUCAGUGUGGCCAAUACAAUUGCACAUGAGUUGGCACACAUGUGGUUUGGUAAUUUAGUGACAAUGAAGUGGUGGGAUGAAGUUUGGCUCAACGAAGGUUUUGCGUCGUAUAUGCAAGUGAAAUCAUUGAAUGCUAUUGAACCUUCCUGGACUAUGCUGGACCAAUUCCUAACGAAAACUCUGCAUUCAGUUUUAGUGACUGAUGCGAAGUUGUCAAGUCACCCUAUAGUUCAAACAGUGGAGACACCAGAUCAAAUCACCGCCAUCUUUGAUUCUAUAUCGUACAAUAAGGGUGCAUCAAUUUUAAGAAUGUUAGAGGGCUUUAUCGGCGAGGAAAACUUUCGCAGAGGAGUUUCAGAUUAUUUAAAGAAGUACAAAUAUGGCAACACCGUCACUCAAGAGUUACUAUCUUCACUGGAGCCAUACUUUAAAACUCUUUAUCCACAUCUUAGCCUCAAAUACAUAAUGGACACGUGGACGAGACAAAUGGGAUAUCCCCUUAUAACAGUGAGGCCUGGAGCUAACAAUAUUUAUAUAUUGACACAAUCAAGGUUUCUCUUAGACCCGGCUGCGACUUAUGAUGAUGACUCGGAAUUUCAUUAUCGUUGGUAUGUACCUAUAACGUAUUCAACGAGUACAGAGAAGCGUGACGAUAUACUAUGGUUUGCUGAUACGUCGGAUAGCGUGGAAAUAUCUCUCAGCGACGAUGAAAAAUUGUUAAAAAUAAAUAACAAUCAAGUGGGCUAUUACAGAGUUAACUAUCCGUUGGAUAUGUGGAGUCAGAUUAUCGAGCAACUUAAAGUUAAAUCUAAUAUGCUAACAAUAUCAGAUAGGGCCCAUUUACUGGAUGAUGCGUUUGCUUUAGCAGAUGCUGGUAUUUUACCAUAUAACAUAGCACUGUCACUCACACAAUACCUUCCCGUGGAAAAAGAUUAUGUCCCGUGGGAAACAGCUUCAGGGAAAUUCAGUCAUCUAUCAAAUAAACUCAUUAAUACCCCUGCGUAUGAAAAUUUAAAGAAAUAUGUUCAGCACCUCAUUGCUGGUCUAUAUACGGAACAAAGUUGGGAGAAGACGAAUUUGGAUGUGAUUCAAGGUUGCUGGGCAAAAUCAAAAGCAUUAAUAAAAGGGGAUAGUUGGUUGGGCAGCGCUGCAGAGAGUGACAUUGCUUCUUCGAGGGGUCUGCCUGACGUCACCUCUGCAGAAUAUCUCAAUUUAGCUUGGGAUGAGAAAAAUAUUCGAAGCCAGGAUUACCUUAAUGUUCUUCAGCUGAUAAGUGCUAAUCCUUCUGGAAACGGACUGGUAUGGGACGAGGUUCGAAAUCGGUGGAAUACACUUGUUGACCGUUUUACACUCAACAGUAGAUACCUUGGCAACCUUAUACCUGCUAUAACGAGCCGUUUUAAUACAGAGAAACAAUUACAGGAGAUGAUAUCAUUUUUCGAAAAGAAUUCAGAGGCCGGCGCAGGCGCAAGCGCACGUCAAAGAGCGCUUGAGAAUGUCCGUAAUAAUAUCAAAUGGACUUCUUCCCAUCAAUCGACCGUUACUUCCUGGCUUGAAAACUAUGUUAAGGCAAUUAUAUCUAUAUAA